UACUAAGAAGAAAGGGGAACGAGUCAUUUAGUAGUCCUUUCCUCCACCGCUACGCGUCUUUUAUUUACAUUGUGCAUGCUUCAAUUCUGUUCAAGCAAGGCUGUUUCGUGCUCUUAAAAGUUUUUUUGGUUUGUUUUUAGGGGAAAUCUAUUGACGGCUUUCUAUUUCCAUCUAUAGAGCUUCAUUCAUUCGUUAUAUCGUGUUUGCUGGACAAACUGCUUUCUCACAUUCCUCUUGGUACGAUUUGGUCAUUCUUGGAUUUAUAUAAUUAAAGAGAGGAAAUGGAACACUCUGCUUUCUAUCAGAUCACCAUGGCAAAACGGAAACGUGCAGAAUCCUCGUCGAAAGCUCCUCUCAGUGCUUUCGCCGCUCGUCAACUAAAUCUAGAACAGAAUACUACCAAAGAGAAGAAGAAGAGGGGAAAUAAAAAUGAAUUACCAAACGAAGGUACCGAGCAACCUCUAGAAACCAUGGAACUAACAUCUGCUCCUUUAGAAGAUCAUUCUUCUUCCAAACAAGCCUCUUUUCAGGUCCUAGUUCCCGGGAUAGAUCGUUCUGGUAAAACCGGUAUUGAUCAGCCGCCUCCCCAUGAAGGUGGUGUUGACGUACCGACCAUGCCAUCUUCCGUACAGGUUACUUUAAACAAACCUUCAGUUGCAGAUGAAUCUUCGCCUUCUCCCUUGUCUGCCUCUCCUUCUUUAGUGGAGGCUGACGCUGAGUCGAGGUCGAAUACACCAUCUUCUUCGUUUAACACAUCAUUGCAAAAAGAGGACCUUAGGUAUCCAUAUACACACUUAACUGAAACGAACUCUGUUCGCGUCAAGGAUGCUUUGUUUGUCGGAUUGCACUCUGGGGAAAAACUGGCUAUGGUCGGAACCUACUUAUUUGCCUGCGCCCGUGGAGGUUUUAGUUUAUUUGGCGCCUCGUAUGCUUGUCGACCAAAGAAUGAAAGAGGCCAAAUUUGGCAUUCUUUAAAUGUCCCCUUGAUGUAUCCCACUCCGAUUUUUGUUUCGGAGAAUAUUUCUAAUACGUCCGUUACUUUCAACUCAGUCGAAUCAACCGAUUCUUCCUCAUCGACAGGCCAUCCCGCAACGGAAUCUGUAGAAAGUACUAGCAUAUCCGAUUUUGAGAACGCCUUAGGCGUAAACGUGGACUCUUUACUUCCCUCUUUUGAGACCGUACUGGUGUUCAAAAUGAAUGAUAUAGGUAUUUCUAAAAUUCCACGUGUUUCUCCUUUUGCUAAGCGGCUUUUUAAUAUGCCUUCUCUCUUGGAAAAUGCAUCUUCUCUAUCGUCGAGUUUUGAAAUUAUACCAGAUUCUUGGAAAACCUUUGCUGACUCUAUGCUUUCCACAUAUGCUUCAUCCAUGCAUACCCCUCCCAAGUUGUUGAUUUGUGGACCUAAAGGUGCAGGCAAAAGUACUUGUUGUCGAUAUCUUACGAAUCGCCUAGUAAAUUGCACCGACUAUGUUGCGUUUCUAGACAUUGAUCCUGGUCAACCAGAAGUGGUUCCAUUUGGCCACAUUUCAUUAUAUUUUUUGAAUUCUCCUCUUCAGGGUCCUGCUUUCUGUCGCUUGCUUUCUAAUGUACGAUCUUUUCGAAUUCAUAUCGGCGAAAGUACACCUCAAAGGGAUCCGACUCAUUAUCUUGCUUCUACAUUCAGACUUUUCUCCGAAUAUCAAAAAUUUAACUUUGAAAGAGAGCUUGAGGGAAAACCGCCCGUUUCGUUAAUUAUUAAUUGCCCUGGAUGGAUGAAAGGAGGGGGUGCGGAACUUCUUUUUGGCCUUGUUAAUCAAAUUUCACCUACUGAAGUAGUUUAUUUGAGUAGAAGUUAUUCGAGAUCUAAUCAGGUUGAUAAAAAGAGUAUCUACCAGCAUAAAGAAGGUAUCCCGGAAUUCCUACUACAGGCAACGCAUUUCAAGUUUUCUCAGUUGGAAUCAUCUUGGCAGUAUUUGCCUGAUCCUAAUGCGCAUCGCAUUUCCUCUGCUGACAAUCGGAAAUUAGGACUUUUGAGUUAUUUACACUUUGAUAUAGAGCAUAAUGUUUGGGAUUUUACAAGGAGCCUGGCAGUGCGCCAGCCUUUGGCAACGUCUUUUAGCGGCCCACAACAUGGUAUAGAUGCGGUUAACAUAAUUGGAGAACCAUUAAACUUGAUGGAUAUUUCGAAAGCCAUUAAUGGUACUCUUCUAGCACUUUGCGCAUACGAAGUAUCAAAUGAAAAAGAAUGGAACGAUAAUCAGAUUGUCGAAACGCCUGAGGGAAUACCUGUGCUCGUUAACGAUGGUCUUCCGUUGGAUCCAGCCAAUGCCCAGUGCUUUGGAUUAGUUUUACUUCGCAGUAUUGACUUAGUCAAAAAGGAAUUUCACUUUGUAGGACCAAUUAAUUUGGACUUACUAGCAGACGCGUAUUCAAAAGGAAUGAAAAUUGUUCUCGAACGAGGUCGUCUUGAAUUGCCGCUUUCUACUAUGCUUGACAGACGUUUGGUUGUUCUCCCUGAGUUACCAUACCUCGAGAGAAAUUUUGCUUCAAUUGCAGCAGGCUCUCAGCGAAGACGUAUUAGACGCAACAUUGUCCGUCGUGGUGGUCUAACGGGUUAAUUGAUUAUUAAUUGUAUAUGGCAAAGUAUGUUUAUUUCGUUUAUGAUGACUAUUCUUCAAUGCUGAAAAGAAAAAGGGGUAGGUUGGUUAUGGAUUACAAAAAUCGUCUUGUCGUGUUACUUUUGAUACAAAAGUUGCUUACAGAUAUAAUUUGCGGGAUUUUUUUAGUCAGCAUACAUACAGUUCAUUCAGAUCCAUUUUUGGGCAUUGCUUGCAUGAUGCUUCAUAAUUUUUACGUCUUUUAUAUCGAAGCAAAGGCUUUUGUAGGUUUGAAGUUUGAUAUUUUCUAGUUAAAAGAAAAAAAAAAAAUUAUAUGCGUGUUUGGGAAUAAGGCUUUAUAUAUUAAUGGGCAUAAAAUUAAAUAUUAUGGUUUGGUUUGCAAAUAAAAAAAGAUGAGCAUUUCUAGUAACUUCUAAAUUCCUUGAAAAGGAUUUUACUUAUAUUUCUAAUACUUAAUCGUCAAACCAUACUUUUUUUUGGUCUCUCCAAGAUAUGUGUGAUAACUUGAUACGCUGGAGGAAUAGUGUUUUAUUUUAAUUAACAUUUGAAUAGGGCCACAAUUCAAUGAGGAUUUACAGUCUUAUACUCGUAACAAAUAUUUUCAUAUCAAUAAAAUGAAACAAGCAGCUCC